AUGUCAAAUUGGUUCUUUUCAAUGAAUGAUGUCGAACUGAAAAUGGAUUCAAUACUAUUGUCAAAGCGAAAGGAUAAUUGUUGGACGAUUAUCCAUUCAGAAACUUUUCAAAAAGGAAGAAAAACACUAAAUUUUCCCAAUAGUACUGAUUCUUCUCCAGUUGACCAAAGAAAAGAUUGGAAUUUUUUAUCAAAUGCCAAAAAGAAGACAAUUGAUACAAAUAGACAAGAUAGCGAAGAUGAAGAAGAAUCAAGUGGAAGUAAUGGCAGUAGUGGCAAUGAGGAAGAAAUCAUAACAGAUAUUUGGAAAAAGAUUAGAAUGAAACGAGCAACCAAGUCUUUAAUAUCAACAUUUGAAGGCAGAUUCAAACCAAUGUGGAUUCAACCCAAAUUUAUCAAACAAUCGAAUACAAACUAUUUUGAAAUCCCUCAACCUCUCGAGCCAACUCCAAAGAAAAACUUUAAAGUAUUGAAUCAUAUCGUUUCGAGGUGGAUUUAUGAAUUGGACAAGUAUAAUCUAUUGAGCAUUGAUUUCAUAUUGAUUCACACCAUGAGAGUACUGUACUAUUUAUACAAUGGAUAUAUAUAUCCUGCAACCACAACAACACCAAACUAUCCUAAUUUGUUAACCAGACCAACACAUGCCUUCUCUAAUACCAUUUCCUGUACAGCCAUUCCUACUACCAGUCAAUCCUCAUCAUGUAAUAAUAAUUAUUCUUCAACACAACCACCACAGAUGAUGCAACAUCAUCCACAACAACUCCCAUCCCUUUCUCACUCCACCACCACAAGCCAAUCAAUAAUGCCUGUUGUUGCAUCAUCGUCUACGAGUCAUCAUGUCGUUGUUGGCAAUCGUUACUCCUCGUUAUUCUCCGUUUAUCCAACCCAUCAAGCACCUCAACAACUAUAUCGAGAAAACUCCAUUUGGGAAGAUGUGAAAAGUAGUAAUUCAUCAUCCCCUAGUCAAUUCAACGAUCAUCAUUCGAGUGGUGUUUCUAGUAGUGAAACCACAAUGACAAGUAGUAGUAAGGAAGAGCUCCAGAAGAAGAAUCCAACCAUAACGACAACAACUGCCAGUGUCUCAUCAACAACAUGUCCAAAUGUUGAAGUGCUCAAGAAGGUUGCUUCUGCAUGUAUUAAGAGAGGAAACAAACAAAAUACCACGACACCAAGUGAAGAAUCUGAAGGUGACGAUGAAGAAGUUGACAUUGCUAACAAUUACUCGAAACAAAAGAUUGGUAAGCUGAGACUCAAGUCGAGUGUGAAGGGUGAUUUGUCUGCCAAGAAUAAGAAUGGUAGUCAUAAGGGAUGGUGGACAGAGGAAGAACAUCAACGUUUCCUCGAAGGUCUUGAGGCAUGUGGUAACAAUUGGAAACUCAUUGCUGAAAAGUAUGUCAAGACACGAUCAAGAACACAAGUAGCUUCUCACGGUCAAAAGUGGAAGCAAAGUCAAGGGCUUAUUGCUUGA